AGAACAGUCAGUCCUAGUACUGAUGCCACUCCCUCCCACUUGGGACCUACAAAAUCUUCAGCUCAAGGACAAUUCUGCAUUUCCCACAUUGCAACAUCUACACAAAGAUCCCCACCACUGUGCACCGGGGAGGAGAGGCUCAGAAACUCAGAAUCAGCAACAUGGAAUUGAUUGAGGAUUUCUUCCGUCCACCACUUGUGCCUGUGAAGGGCAUCCCACUCAUCAAAUACUUUGCAGAGGCUAUUGGGCCAUUGCAGAACAUGACAGUGUGGCCUGAUGACUUGCUUAUCAGCACAUACCCAAAGUCUGGUACUACCUGGGUAAGUGAGAUACUGGACAUGAUCUACCAGGAUGGCCAGCUAGAAAAGUGUCGCCGGGCCCCCAUCUAUGCCCGAGUGCCCUUCCUUGAGUUCAGUUGCCCAGGAGUUCCCUCAGGUCUUGAAUCUUUGGAAGAGACACCAGCCCCACGGCUCAUUAAGACGCAUCUGCCCCUGUCCUUGCUUCCUCAGAGUCUGCUGGAUCAGAAGAUCAAGGUGAUUUACUUUGCUCGAAAUCCAAAAGAUGUGGCUGUCUCCUAUUAUAAUUUCUACAACAUGGCCAAGGUGCACCCUGAUCCAGGCACCUGG